AUGGCUUGGCGCAAUCAAGGCAUCACAGGCUCGAACAAUAUUCCUUUGGGGGCUCGUCGCCGCUUUGGAGGCAGCGACUCCGCUCCACCUGAUGAUGGAGGCUACAACCCAUCUCAGCCUCAAGCAGGGCUCUCUGAUGGGAAUUACAAGCGUGGCCGAAGCCCAGAGAGAACUGAGGUCGUCGUUGAUGGAGAGAGGCGCCGCAAGAAGAGAAAUCGAUGGGGGGACGCUGCAGAAAACAAGGCCGCCGGCUUGAUGGGCUUGCCUACUAUGAUAAAAGCAAAUAUGACAACUGAACAACUCGAAGCAUAUACCUUGCACUUGCGCAUACAAGAGAUCAGUGAAAAGCUAAGAAUCAACGACGUUGUGCCAGCAGAUGGCGACAGGUCCCCAUCUCCUCCGCCUCAAUAUGACAACUUUGGGCGUCGUGUCAAUACUCGCGAGUAUCGUUACCGCAAGCGCCUUGAAGAUGAGCGUCACAAGCAGAUCGAAAAGGCCAUGAAGAUCAUUCCUAAUUACCACCCUCCGUCUGAUUACAGACGUCCAACUAAGACACAGGAGAAGGUCUAUGUGCCGGUCAAUGAUUACCCAGAGAUUAACUUCAUUGGACUGCUCAUUGGACCUCGUGGCAACACAUUGAAGAAAAUGGAAACAGAGUCUCUCGCAAAGAUAGCCAUUCGAGGCAAAGGAUCUGUCAAAGAAGGAAAGGGACGAUCUGACGCAGCUCACACCAGCAACCAGGAAGAAGAUUUGCAUUGUUUGAUCAUGGCCGACACCGAAGAGAAGGUAAACAAGGCGAAGAAGCUUAUUCACAAUGUCAUCGAGACGGCCGCCUCCAUCCCUGAAGGUCAAAAUGAGCUCAAGCGCAACCAGCUUCGUGAGCUUGCAGCUCUCAACGGUACGCUUCGGGACGAUGAGAAUCAGGCAUGCCAGAAUUGCGGCCAAAUCGGCCAUCGCAAAUACGACUGCCCUGAGCAGCGUAACUUCACUGCCAACAUCAUCUGUCGUGUUUGUGGCAAUGCAGGCCAUAUGGCUCGAGACUGUCCUGAUAGACAACGUGGCGCUGAUUGGCGCAACGGUCCAACAGGAGGUGCCGUGCCUGGCCGUCCGGCUGCUGGACGUAUUGGCGGAGGAGAUGCUGUCGACCGCGAGUAUGAGCAACUCAUGAACGAACUUUCUGGCGGUGCUCCCAGUGGUGAUGCCCCUCAACGUAUCGAGGCUGGACCUGGUGGAUUCGAGAACGGCCGAGACAGCUACGCAGGUGGGGAAGGUGAUCGUGAUCUCAAGCCAUGGCAACGUGGACCUACCGGCGCAGCCGCUCCUUGGCAACAACGUGGCGGAGACGAUCGUCGUGAUGAUUACAAUCGGGAUGGAGGUGCCGCACCACCAUGGGCGGCUGGUCGCGGGGGUGGCGACAACCACGGCGGCUACGGACAAGGUGAUGGUUAUGGGGGUCCUCCCGGCGGUGGAGCUGCUCCUUGGCAACGACAGGAGAACGCUCCUCCACCUCCUCCCUCAGGCGAUCAGUAUGGCUAUGGUGGAUAUCCAGGAGGCUAUGGAGGCGCAAGCGGCGGUUACGGUGGUCAGCCGGCUAUGGGUGCUCCUCCUGGUCUUGGUGGCGGGGCCGGUGGUCUUGGUGCUCCACCGGGUCUGGGCGCUCUGUUCCAGAAUUAUGGCGCGAAUGGAGCUGCAGGUGGCGCUCCACCACCACCUCCUUCGGAUGAUCUUCCUCCACCGCCCCCAAGCGACCAGCCUCCCCCGCCUCCCCCUCCUGGAAAUUAG